UGGAAAUUCAUAUCUGUAUUUAUCUGCACUAUUGUAGAUGAACUUGAAAUGCUGUCUGAAGCUAGAGCUCGUCUGGCCAAUACACAGGGAAAGAAGGCCAAAAGAAAAGCAAGAGAGAAGCAGCUGGAAGAAGCUAGACGGCUUGCUGCUCUCCAGAAAAGACGAGAACUCCGGGCUGCUGGAAUUGAGAUCCAGAAGAAAAGAAAAAAGAAGAGAGGUGUGGAUUAUAAUGCAGAGAUUCCAUUUGAAAAGAAGCCUGCCCCUGGUUUUUAUGAUACAUCAGAGGAAAACUACCAGUCCCUGGAUGCAGAUUUCAGGAAACUACGUCAGCAAGACCUGGAUGGAGAAUUAAGAUCUGAAAGGGAAGGAAGAGAGCGCAAAAAAGACAAACAACAUAUGAAACGGAAAAAAGAAUCAGACUUGCCUUCAGCUAUUCUACAGACCAGCGGAGUGUCAGAAUUUACCAAAAAAAGAAGUAAACUAGUGCUUCCAGCUCCUCAGAUAUCUGAUACAGAACUUGAAGAAGUUGUAAAAGUAGGCCAGGCAAGUGAGAUUGCACGCCAGACUGCUGAGGAAUCUGGAAUUACAAACUCAGCUUCCAGUACUCUUCUGUCUGAAUAUAAUGUGACCAACAACAGCAUAGCACUAAGGACUCCCAAAACUCCGGCAGCACAAGACAGGAUCCUGCAGGAAGCACAGAAUUUGAUGGCUCUCACAAAUGUGGAUACACCCCUGAAAGGAGGUCUUAACACUCCCUUGCAUGAAAGUGACUUUUCGGGGGUAACACCACAGAAACAGGUUGUUCAGACUCCAAAUACCGUGCUUUCCACACCCUUCAGGACUCCUUCUCAUGGUCCAGAAGGCUUAACUCCUCGUGGAGGACUAACUCCUAAACCUGUGGUUGGUACAACUCCUGGUAGAACUCCACUGCGUGAUAAAUUGAACAUCAACCCAGAAGAGGGAAUGGCAGAUUACAGUGACCCAUCUUACGCAAAACAAAUGGAGAGAGAGUCUCGUGAACACCUGCGCCUUGGACUCAUGGCUCUUCCUGCUCCAAAGAAUGACUUUGAGAUUGUUUUACCUGAAAAUGCAGAAAAAGAACUGGAGGAACAUGAAGUAGAUGAAGCCUUCGUAGAAGAUACUGCUGAUAUAGAUGCCCGCAAGCAGGCUCUCCGAGAUGCAGAACGUGCAAAGGAGCUGAAGAGAAUGCACAAAGCUGUUCAGAAGAAUCUACCACGGCCCUCAGAAGUUAAUGAAACAAUACUGAGACCCUUAAAUGUGGAACCACCUCUAACAGACUUGCAGAAAAGUGAAGAGCUAAUAAAGAAAGAGAUGAUUACUAUGCUUCAUUUUGAUCUUUUACACCACCCAUUUGGUGAACAGCCUAGUGGUAAGAAGGGGAAGGGCCCAGGCUUUGGAAGCAACAAUGCAGAACAUAUGGCUUACUUGGAACAAAAUCCUUAUGAGAAGUUCUCCAAAGAGGAUCUCAAGAAGGCACAGGAUCUACUGGCACAAGAGAUGGAAGUGGUAAAGCAAGGAAUGGGGCAUGGAGAGCUCUCAAGUGAAGCUUAUAACCAGGUGUGGGAAGAAUGUUACAGCCAAGUGUUAUACCUGCCUGGACAGAGCCGCUACACAAGAGCUAACCUGGCCAGCAAAAAAGACAGGAUAGAGUCACUUGAAAAGAGGCUUGAG